UUACCGCAGUAUCCUCGCGCCGCAGUAAUACAGAACAGUCAGUCGCGCGUCGCCGUCGUCUGUGUCUGUAGAUUAGUCUUCUAUCGCUAGACUAUAGAACCUGUCGUCAUCACCGGUGGAUUGAAAAGCCUAUAAUUUAUAUUGAAACACCUUGCGCCUUUUACCGGACUAGACAGACGGAUACCGGUUAUUAUCGGGACAUCUCAUUUUACAGCGCCAGACAGCCGAAUCCUCAUCUUUAGUUGACACAGAGGACAAACAGCCGAACGAAACGCACCGUGCACCAUGAACAACAAGGAAGAUGAGCGCGUGGACACCGGAGCCAAGGAGCCCUACUUCUGGAACCCCCGGACGCACGAGUUCCUGGGCCGGACCGCGAGCAGCUGGGGUCUUAUCCUGCUGUUCUACCUGGUGUUCUAUAUAUUCCUGGGUGGAAUGUUUGUCCUGACCAUGUACGUGAUGCUGCUAACACUGGACGACUAUAAACCUACCUACCAGGACCGCCUCGUUACCCCAGGUAUGAUGAUUCGUCCACGGGGCGAGGCCAUGGAGAUUCUCUACAACACCAAGGACACAGAGAGCUGGGACAUCUACGCCCAGACACUGGACAACUUCCUCGGAUCCUACAACAACUCCCUGCAGGUCCAGAACAACGAUGAGUGUCCCCCUGAUAAUUACUUCAUCCAGGAGGACAGUGGAGAGGUGAGGAACAAUCCUAAGCGUUCGUGUCAGUUUAACCGUACCACUCUCGAGGAGUGUUCUGGGAUCACGGACCGGACUUACGGUUACCAGAAGGGACAACCCUGUGUUCUCAUCAAACUGAACAGGGUGAUCGGGAUGCUUCCAGGGAAGGACGGCCAGUCUCCUUAUGUCACCUGUGGAGCCAAGAGAUAUAAAGUGGGGCAAGAUGAAUGGAAAGAAGACAGUGAUGCGAUUGGAGAGCUAGCCUACUACCCUCCCAACGGAACCUUUAACCUCAUGUACUUCCCCUACUACGGCAAGAAGGCCCAGCUGAACUACUCCCAGCCCCUGGUAGCAGUGAAGUUCCUCAACAUCUCUCUGAAUACAGAUGUGAAUGUUGAGUGUAAGAUCAACUCCAACACACUGAAGACUGGUGGAGAGAGAGACAAGUUUGCUGGACGUGUCUCUUUCAAACUCCGAAUCACCUCACCUAAAAACUAGAGCACUAAGCACUAAACACUAUACACACACACACACACACACACACACACACACACACACACACACACACACACAC